CCGAACACAAAAGCAAGCCCCAAAAUAAACCAAAACAAAAAAAUCUCAAAAUAUUUCAACCACGCCAGAAAUUGAAGUGGCAGCGACGGCCAGAAACAACGCCGGAAACAACCACGGUGACUGCGAGGCGGCUUCUCGAACAACGAAUAAUAAUCUCUACCAUUGCUACACCAUACAGUAUACAAUAAUCAAAGAAUGAGCAAAAGGCCAGCACCUGAUCCAGCUGCAGUCCUUAGAGGCCAUCGCGCCUCUGUUAUGGACGCUUCUUUCCAUCCUUCCAAACCUUUGCUUUUCACCGGUUCUACAGACGGAGAGUUACGGAUUUGGGAUACUGUACAGCAUCGAACUGUAUCAUCUUCUCGGGUGCAUAGUGCGGCUCAUGGGAUAAUAUCUGUGGCUGCGAGUCCUUUGAUUGGUGACAACAAAGUUAUCAGCCAGGGUAGGGAUGGAACUGUAAAGUGCUGGGAUAUUGACAAUGGUGGUUUGUCGAGGGAACCUUCACUAACUAUCAAAACAAACGCUUACCAUUUUUGCAAGCUCUCUUUAGUGAAGAAGCCUAAUUCUAGUUUGAGGCAAGGUGAAGGGCCAAAUUAUAAACAUGAGAAGGAUGGUACAGAAACUGUUGAUACCAAUUCUCUGGGUGAUAAAGGAAUAAAUUAUGAAGAAGAUCCAGUUGAGUGCUCCAACCCCCUUGAAGAUUUGCAUGCUGAUGGAUCAAAGUACAUUGCUGUGGCAGGGGAGCAGUCUUCCGAGGUUGAGAUAUGGGAUCUGAAUACUGCAGAAAGGCUUGCACGAUUACCUCAAAGCUGCAUUGGUGGUUCAUCUAAUAUUUCUACUAACAAAAGAGGAAUGUGCAUGGCAGUUCAAGCAUUUCUACCAUCAGAAUCACAGGGAUUUCUGUAUAUCUUGGUUGGUUAUGAGGAUGGUUCCAUGCUUUUGUGGGAUAUGCGAAAUCCAGGGGCUUUUGUAAAUUCUGUUAAGUUCCAUACAGAGCCAGUUCUAAGCCUAUGCGUCGAUGGGUUGUGCAGUGGGGGCAUUUCAGGAGCUGCUGAUGACAAAAUUGCCCUAUAUAGUUUGGAUGUUUCUGUGGGUUCUUGUGUGAUGAAGAAAGAGAUUAGCUUGGAACGACCUGGUGUAUCAGGCACCUCAAUUCGACCAGAUAGCAAAAUUGCUGCCACUGCUGGUUGGGACCACAGAGUCAGGAUAUAUAACUAUCGCAAAGGAAAUGCUUUGGCUAUACUGAAGUAUCACCAUGCUACGUGCAAUGCAGUUACAUAUUCAACCGAUUGCAAGUUAAUGGCUUCUGCUUCAGAAGACACAACAAUUGCAUUGUGGGAACUGUAUCCUCCCCAAACUUGAGACGACAUGGUAUUUAUGUAUGCUAAUCCAACAUGGACCCAUAGUUACAAGUUUUCUCAAGCAGGGAGAUGAAGAAUCAAUUGCCUGUUGCAUGUCUCCAUCUAUGGCGGUUAUAGAGAAUUGUACGGUAAACAAGCAUUUGAAGUUCUUAUGGGCUGAAAACAACUUAAUUUGGCACUAUCUCCAUUGUGGAAUGCUGUUGCUAUAUACUUUUAGGAUGUCAAAAUAUGUUAAAGCGGCAUUAAUAGCAUUCCUAGGUGAAAACCCCGAGAUCAUGAGUUUUUUGUCCGUCACCAAAUACAUAGUUCGAUCUCAUAUCAGAAGACCUAAUGGAUUUCCUAUUGAUUCCAGUAAAGGACACUGGGUGGUGUUAACUUGCCCCUUGCAAAGAAUAAAAGCAACGUUCUCAUCACAAUCUUAAUAUAUUCACUGUUUUUUCA